AUGUUCAACUUUUUCGGCACCAAGCAACAUGAUCAGGCCACUGCCCCUCCCCAACCAUUCCCUCUCCCGGAUGUUCCAGAUUUUGCGAGGCAAGGUAUCGCUGACGAGGCUACCAUUGCUCGAGAAUUAAAUGAAGGGCCACCUUUGACCAUAUAUUCCGGCAAUGAUGCGGUACCAGUGACGCUUUCAGUCCGUAUGGGCUUAUACCACAGCCCAGAGAUUCGGAUUCACUUGGAACAGUAUGCCCCACGCAUGCCGUACACCAUGCAGCUUCCCGAAGACAACAAAGAAGCACUUAAAUACCUUGUUCAAUGGAUGCAGACCGGGAAAAUUGUCAUCCCAGCACUUCAAGAAGAACAGGACAUCAUAUCUCGACAAAUUUUGACCGAGGCCUGCUUCCUGCUUUGGCGUCUGUGGUGCAUCUGCGAAAGCUUAGAUGUGAACAAGAUCAGACAGCAAAUCCUUCAACAAAUGACUGAAUGCUUCGCCAUUGCUAGGAUGAGUCGCAUCGCAACGCCUGUUUCUGCCGAGCUAAUCAUGGAAGAAACCCGGGAAUACACUGAUGAUAAGGAGCUUGAGUGUGAGGAGCUCGAUCAUUGCGAUUUCUGGAAGGUGUCAUUGCAGGAGCUGUGUAAGGCUUUUACGACCAAACCAAUAACCGACAUUAAAGAGUACCGCCAUUGCUUCGCAAUUGCAGCAUUCAACAAGGUUCUAGUGCCUGUAGUCGGUAGAAUCUUGCGCAUGGACAGUGGAGUCGAAGAAAUCGACGAGGGUAGAUGGGGGAGGGGAGAUCCAAUGAAGGCUCCAUCUUGA